CUUCAAAGAUUAGCCUCUGCUUUCUUUGUUUCUCUAUUGCAGAGAGAAAAUGGCUGAUGUUUAUUUAAUCUGCAUUGUGUCUCUUAUUUCUCUAAUGUGUAUGGCUGAAGCUAGGAUCCCUGGGGUUUACACAGAAGGUGCAUGGCAGAGUGCUCAUGCUACCUUCUAUGGAGGAUCCGAUGCUUCUGGCACCAUGGGAGGAGCUUGUGGAUAUGGAAAUCUUUACAGUCAGGGAUACGGAGUGAAUACGGCGGCACUAAGCACCGCACUUUUCAACAAUGGCCUUAGCUGUGGUGCGUGCUUUGAACUCAAGUGUGCCAAUGAAAAGCAGUGGUGCCACUCCGGCAGCCCAUCCAUCUUCGUAACCGCAACUAACUUCUGCCCACCGAAUUACGCUCUCCCCAAUGACAAUGGCGGCUGGUGUAACCCACCCCGCUCACACUUCGAUCUUGCGAUGCCCAUGUUCCUCAAAAUUGCCGAGUACCGAGCCGGCAUCGUUCCCGUUGCCUACCGCCGGGUCCCAUGCAGGAAGCAGGGAGGGAUAAGGUUCACAAUUAACGGUUUCCGUUACUUCAACUUGGUUUUGAUCACGAACGUCGCGGGUGCAGGAGAUAUCGUGAGGGCGAGCGUGAAGGGGGCGAAGACUGGGUGGAUGAGCUUGAGCAGGAACUGGGGUCAGAACUGGCAAUCAAACGCGGUUCUGGUUGGUCAGUCACUCUCGUUCAGGGUGACAGGCAGUGACAGACGCACUUCCACCUCCUGGAACAUCGUUCCCGCCAAUUGGCAGUUCGGGCAAACAUUCAGCGGGAAGAACUUCAGAGUUUGAUGAUAAAUUGGACAUCAAUGUCCUAAUUAACCCACAAAUAUAUAUAUAUAUCACAUCUAAAAAUGGGGCCAAAAUAUAUUUGUUUGAGGGAAUGUGAGUGAUUGUAAUGAUUUUUUUUUUUUUUUUUUAUCAACGAUAUAUUGUAAUGAUAAAUUAAGUUUAAGUUAGGGGAAGAAAGAAGAAGUGUUUCUAACUUUUCUGGAUUGGUGGGUUUGUUUUGUUGUGUGAAGUUAGUUAGGGUUAAGGGAACGGGCUGAGGCGGCUGCAGAAGGUUGUAGCCCGCAUCCUGUAUGAUACUACAGUAAAGAUUUUUUUUUUUG